UUUAUUUACAUAUGUAGCCAUCAUCGCUUUGAUACUGGGAAUCAUUCUGCAAGAGCUUUUUUCCCUCCAACUAUUCCAUCUUUCCAUCUGUCCCCACUCUUCCAAUACGUUUCUCUUCGCCCUGUCUACCAAUGACAGACUCUACCUUACACCCGACUGCAACUACACCAGGUGCCAGAGAUGUCGAGGCUUUGCGUCAGUCAAGCGAUGCGCCUCAUGAUGAAGGGAAGGAAAUUUCUGCAGUCGACCAAUCCACGGGCUCCUCGCACACCCAAGACGACGAGUUGACCUAUUCAAACGCGCCGAAGCUUCCACUUCAUCGCCUUUUUUGGUAUUUCUUCUACAACUUCGGCCUUUUCGCUUGGGGCGGCCCGGUCGCUCAGAUCGCCAUGAUCAAACAGCAGAUCGUUAUCAAGGAGAAAUGGAUUACACUUGCGCGGUUUCAACGCGUUUUUGCUGUCUACCAGAUCCUUCCCGGACCAGAAGCCGCGGAGCUGUGCAUGUUCUUCGGCUGCUUGAGCGCUGGCAGAAUCGGAGGCAUUGUCGCAGGCUUGGGCUUCAUCUUGCCUGGGUUCAUACUGAUGUUGGCCGCAAGUUAUUUGUACACCUUGGCCGGGCUUGAGAACAAGUAUUUCAAUGCCAGCUUCCGAGCAUUGCAACCGAUUGUUUCCGCCAUGAUGUUCAAAGCUACGCACAAGAUUGCGGACCACUCCGUGAUCAAGCAUAGCACGAAGAAGGUAGAUCCCUUCCUGGUCAUCGCGGCAAUUUGUACGGCUAUCAAUUCGGCUUUGCGCUUAAACAUUUUCAUCUCACUGGGCCUAUACGGAGUCAUCUACAUGUUCAUAGCUCGCCGGCUCUGGAUACCAGCAGCCAUACUCUUUAUCCUCCAAUAUGUCGGAUACGCCAUUUACGCAGUGUUUCGAGGUGUCCCGUCUCCGGUAUCGCUAGCCCUCGGAAUUGCAGAGACUCCCUCUCUGAUCAAUCUCUUUGUGCUCGGCCUCGUUGCGGGUUCACUGUCUUUUGGCGGUGCCUACACCGCUAUUCCCUUCGUCCAGGUCGAAGCAGUCUUGAAAGGUGGAUGGCUGCCUCAGCGAGUCUUCAUCGACUGCAUUGCCAUUGGCAACGUGCUGCCCGCCCCACUUGUCAUCUUCGCCACGUUUGUUGGGUUCCAGGGUGGUUAUACAGACGGUGGAUUGGGAAAGGCGUUUGCUGGAGCCGUUGUCAUAACACUCGGAAUGUUCUUCCCAUGCUUUCUGUUCACUAUUGCCGGGCAUUCGUUGCUUGAAAAGCUCGUUCACAACAAGUUCCUCUCCAGCUUCUUCGAUGGACUCUGCGGAGCCGUCAUCGGCGUCAUCGCUGUCAUCACAUUCCAAAUCCUCAAGUCCAGCGUUCAGGGGACGGAGCGCGAUUUCCAAGCGAAACCGGUGGAAGUAGCCAUCGCAAAGGCAGCGCAGUCGGGGAUUGCGGCCGUUCUUUUUACGAUUGCAUUGGCCAUCUUGUAUAAAUUCACGAACAAGUGGGCCACGAUUGUACUCGUCGCUGCUGGAGCGGUGGCUGGACAGUUUUUGUUCCUUGAUGAGCUGUCGGGACACUAACAGCUGGAACGAUGGUGGAGUGUUGAAGAAUUCAAAGGGUCUAAACGCACUGCCCAAUCAUUUGCAGAUAGUCUACAUAAGGGGAGGAUAGUAACUCUACAUGCUUAUAGUAGAAGCAUAUAGAAAUUAAUCCGUGAGAUGCGU